GUAAGUGUCGCGGAGAGUGGGUAGCGUACAUGUGUUGCGCUUCCGUCCUUCUCUUCCUCUUAUGCUAUUCUUGGCUCAACGAAAUCGGUCAUGUAGGCAGCGUAGGGCUCUCCGAUGGGAGCUUGCGACACGCACUUAGGUUGAAGAAAUCACCCGGCGGAGGAGAAGUCGUAUACGAUGCUGCUGCUGUGUGCGACCGAUCACUGUACCCGCCCUUGGCUGAUCUUAGAGAUGACAAGCUGACACUCAUACUUAGUGUUUUUCUGCCAUCCAGAAUUUCCCUUCUGCGAAAGAAGUUGUUGUUGGUAUCUCGGAUCGAUGUUGUGGAUGCCGUCGUCGUUCUCUGGGGUCAGGCUAAUGGUAGUUCCUCCGUGCUUGAAGAAACCUUGCAGAGCUAUAGCUAUGGCGAUGGCUAUGGCGAUGGCGAUGGCGAUGGCGAUGGUGAUGGCUAUGGCGCUCCGAUCCGCGUUGUGCGGAUUUCGGGCACUUCGGAUUCGCGCUUCCUUCCUCGGACAUUCAUCAGCACUUCCGCGGUCGCCAUCGCCGACGAUGACGCCCUGCCAGACGCUGGCAGUUUAGAGUUUGCGCUGAAGGUGUGGGGGACCAAUCGUGGGCGCAUUGUGGGACUCUUUCCCCGGUCCCACGAGUAUAACACUCCGAAUGGGACUUGGGAGUACCUCCAUUCGCCUACUUGUCGACUCUCCAUGAUAUCAAGCAGGUUCAUGCUGCUAUCGACCCAUUAUUUAUUCGAUUACACGUGUCACAACGCUCCGGGGGUUGGGGAGUGGGUCAAAAGGGAGGCGGGGGGCUGCGAUGACAUUGCCAUUAACUUUCUUGUGGCCAACAAGAGUCAGGCAGCGCCUGUCCUCGUCGAUGGGAAGUUGAUGGAGUUGGGAGAAGGAGGUGGUGGGGAUAAUAGUAACAUGGAAAAGGAGGAGUUGGACCAUCGCGCAGGGAAGGAGAAGGAUGGCCGCGUGUGCAUCAACGAGCUGGCUCGGCUUUGGGGGUACAUGCCGCUGCGGUACAGCUACUGGCGAUCUGUACCCGACGUAGAGGAGGGGACUGUGUCCCAGAGGUUUGCGACCCUGAUUAGUCGUGAGAAGGCUGUGAGGUCAGACCAGCAAUCUCAAUCUCCACGUGCUGUGGAACAACAUCCGAUUGUUAAGCGGCAAAUGUAUGCCUACGUGGCGGCGCUGGACACGCCAAGUCUAGUCGCUCAAGCACUGGUGCUCGCCCAGUGUCUACGGAGCACGGGGACUCCCCACCAUCUCGUCAUUUUCCUUGUGGAAGGUUGGCAGAAGAAGAACGGGACAUGGAUGACACUUGGAGCGGAGAAAGACGGAGGAAGUCGUGAGAGGAGGAGGAGCAAAGGGGAGAUGGAAAUGCGCGAGCUAUUGCAGGCUCAUUACGAUGUCGUCCGAGAUGUCAAUCGUGUGGCUGGUAGCUUUCGUCCCGACUACACCAAGAUCAAUUGCUGGCUUCUGACAGAGUACGCGAAGGUUGUGUACUUGGACAUCGACAUGCUGGUGCUGGACAACGUAGACGAUCUGUUCGAGCAUCCAGAACCAGCGGCGGGACCGAACAGCUACGACACACACCAAUUCAACGCAGGGUUGAUGGUCAUCCAGCCGUCGAUUGCCACGUACGAGUCUCUCAUCGCCGCCAUUCCUAAGCUGCCCACGUACAACGGAGGCGAUCAAGGCUUUUUCAACUCCUACUUCAGCGGGUGGUUCCAUAUGGGUAGCGAUCAUCGUCUGCCUUUCAGGUGCAACGCCAUCAUGCAUUUCGCACGAUCUUAUCAUCCACCUAGCUGGUUCAAUGUGAAUCGCGCUGACGAGUUCCUUCAGUUGCCCGGACCUGGACCAGGUGCAAUGGGAGGAGGAGGAGGCGUGUCGGACGAGGGGGUGACAGAUCGGGAUAACAGCGAUGUCCAGACAGAUGACGUGGAGGCUCCUGUCCGCAUCGUGCACUUCACAGGCGGAUGGUCGAAGCCGUGGAAGUCGGACGAGAGCCCACGUGACACGGUGUGGUGCAGGGCGUGGAGGGAGGUGGCUGCCAAGCUGGAAAGCAACGAUUGGAGGCCUGUUGAACCUCCUGAGUCCAUCGCACCUGCGCAGUUCCUUCCUCAUCGGGACUGGUACCCAGUCUACCGACGCCUAAAAGAAUCCUCCCACGAGAACGGCCACAAACCCUUCUCUCAGUCCAUCCUCUCUCCAGACGGUCUGCAGUCGCUCCCACUCCCUCCUCCUCCUCCUCCUCCUCCUCCUCCUCCUCCUCCUCCUUCAUUUCCUUCAUUUCGUUCUUCCUUUCCCGUGCUGCCGCAGUUGCCUUGGAAACGGCAUGUGCCCGUGGAGGGAAAGCUCCCCAACUGGCCUGAGGUAGAUAAGGAGCUGGUCGUGACUCUGGUGAGUGACAGUGAGAGCACGAUGCUAGCCGCAGGAGUCUGGGCAGAGUCGUACAGAGAACACCACAGGGGGGCCAGUUCGAGACCCAUCAUGCUCGUAGUUCCUUCGACUGUAGAUAGAGACGUAUGGGCCCCUUUGGUACCCCUCUUCGACUUUGUGAGGGUCGUAGGCCCUCUGAAGGCCAAGGACGAUAAUGGAGCCGUCGUUACAUUGGGAGAACAGUACCACGUACUUCAUCUUUGGAACCUCACAGAAUGGUCCAGGGUCGUCUUUGUACACCCAUUCUCCCUAUUCGUUGAUAAUGUGAAUGGUCUUUUUGACUACCUACCCUUCGCUGCAGCUCCAUCUGGUUUCCCUCCUGAUCAGUUCUCUUCUCGAGUUAUGGUCAUUCAACCCUCAAGGGAAGCCUUGGAUGAUCUUCUGGCCAAGGCCACCACCUUGCCCAACACUGCUGGGCCCAACUCUGAGGGAUUCCUUAACGAGUAUUUCUACGACUGGUACUACAGAUCGUUUCGGCACCGCAUCUGGCCUUCCUUCAACGUUGACAUGUGGUUCAAGCCGAGUGGAAUAGGGUUCUUACGACCCUUCAAGAUCUUGUCCCUCCGUGAGGAGAUGCGGCUUUGCGAGCCUGCGGCGAAGGACCUGACGUCGGAACAAAGGGAAGCUGUAGGACUGUGGCAGAAACUAUGUUGCAGCUUGAACCUUAGACUUGGAAGUCUUGCACAUAAUUGCACAAAGGUGUGCUCCGAUCUUGAUCUCGGGUUAGAGAGACAGGAUUGACUCAAUUUGACUGUACGUCGUAGACCGGCAAGCACCAGAAGUGUUUCUGACGAGAGUUGGAGACGGUAGAACUCCGGUUUGCAGCUCGAGUGCA